UAUGAAUUACAUCUUCAGUUAACGGGAAUUUUGGAUCAAGAUUUGUGGGAUGCCGUGGAUACUAUGACAUAUAAUAGGUCUGAUAACAUACGUCGUAGUUCUGAGUACGUACAUAAUAAGAAGCUAGAAUAUUUAACAGCUGAUAGUAGAACAAAAGCCAAUAAACAACAUCAUUUAUGUGACUACCCGCGAUGUACUACACAAAGUGACGCAGCAGUGAUUAAUCUAUCUUCAGUAACGUUAAACGAAAACGGUCUUAAUGCCUUGGGCAAAGGGUUGAAUUUUGCUCUAGCACCUAGAAACAUACCUAUGGAAUCAAUUGUGUGUAGUAUUGAAGACGCAAUAUUUCGUAAUAAAAUUCCAACGCGUGAUGCAGAAUGCUUACGAUAGGACAUAGCUACGUUUUUACGUCGAGCAAAGUUACCGCCGUCGAAUAUGAGCAGGAGUGACAGAGCGGCGUUAAUGGAAAUUCGUAAUAAUGAGGAUAUUUUGAUACUGCCUGCAGACAAAGGUAAUGCCACCGUGAUUGUGGAUACGGAUGCUUAUGAAAAUAAGAUUAACCAUUUGUUAUCGGAUACCACUACAUAUAAAAAAUUAAAUCAUAAUCCCACAACCCGGAAUACAAAUAAAAUUAUUAAACUUUUGCAGUCCAUUAAUGAUAAAAAUUUGCUUACAAAGUUACGGCCCUGCAACCCCACUUCACCUAAAAUCUAUGGUUUACCCAAAAUUCACAAGCCAGACUGGCCUUUGAGACCUAUUGUCAGUCAGAUUGAUUCACCCACAUACUUGGCAUCAAAACAUCUCGCGACGUUACUCAAACCGUUUACAGGCAAUACCAGUAGUUUUGUUAAAGACUCGAAACACUUCGUUCAUAUAAUUAAAAAUGAAAUUAUUAGUGACUCAGAGAUUAUGGUGAGUUUUGAUGUGGAGUCUUUGUUUACGAAUGUUCCUGUGGAAGAAGUAAUUUCAUUAAUUAAGGGUUUCAUAACGGAUUCAAAACUACCAUCGGCUUACUUGGAUUUGAGUGAGUUUUGUCUUAAAAGUGGUUAUUUUAUGUGGCGAGGUGACUAUUAUAGCCAAAUAGACGGUGUUGCCAUGGGGUCGCCGAUUGCACCUGUAGUGGCCAAUAUAUUUAUGGAGUGGGUGGAACGCGAGUUGGUCGAUAAAAUGACAUAUAGACCGCGUUUUUGGCUGCGUUAUGUGGAUGAUGUGUUUGCCAUUGUAAACAGGGAUGAUUUGGCCAUAAUAUUCCAGUGUCUCAACAGUCUACAUGAGAAGGUUCAUUUUACGAAAGAGGAAGAAAAAGAGGGCGGUCUGCCAUUUUUAGACGUGAUGGUGAUCCGGGGGUCUGGUGGUGAAUUACAUACAACGGUGUACCGAAAACCGACUCACACCAACAGAUAUCUCCAUGCGAGUUCGCACCACCAUCCAUCGCAGAUAUCGUCGGUACCAAGAAGCCUCAUAAAUCGAGCCCUAAGUCUUUGUGACCCACCCUAUAUUGAGUGCGAACUAAGAGUAGUGAGACAGGCGCUGGAGAACAAUGGCUAUAGUUGGCGUCAGAGUUCCAGAUGGGCACAAACAACAACUAGGCGGAAACCGUCCUGUGUGAACCGGUCACCAGUGUACUUAACAUAUGUGAAGGGCGUGACGGACAAAAUCAGCCACUAUCUCCAACGGAGAUUUGACAUAGUGACGCGGUUUCGUCCACCUGCAUUGGUGAAGAGUAUACUGCGAUCGCCUAAGGAUAGGGAUCCGCUGAACGUGCCCGGGGUGUACAAGAUUCCGUGUGACUGUGGUAGGUCAUACAUCGGUGAGACUCGCCGUAACAUCACCACAAGAGUAAAAGAACACAUACGGAGCAUGAAGAAUGUGGACACGGACGGUUCAGCAAUAGCCGAGCAUGUUCUAGCUUCGGGUACGACUCAUUAUAUCCGUUUUGAUAAGGCUUCUGUAUUGUCAAGGGAAAAGUUUCUAGUACCUCGUAAGAUACGUGAAGCGAUAGAAAUUAGUCGUCACCCGAAUUUUAAUCGGGAUCAUGGAUGGUUGCUGCCCACAGCGUGGAAACCGCUAUUUCUUUCAUUUUCACAUACAACAAACUUGGAACAAGAUAGCAUUAGUUCGGUUUGCUUACAAGAAGACGAGUCUAAUGAAGAUGACAUUAAUGAACCCUCAUGACUAAGGGCCCCGUAUGGGUUCGAAACUAGUCGGGCAUACUCCGACGUAAUAUCACGUGAGUUUUAGCCGUGUUUCAUAAUCAAUUAAUAUGAAUAACACUCACGAUAGUUUAAAUUCUA